GAAGAGGUGUCAGAGAGCAGCUCCAGCACAGAUGCCAUUCCCCGGAUUUACCUGCCAGACUCAUCUUCCAUCGCCCAGUCCACCUUGGUCUCCAGUGUCUCCACUGUGAGCCAGUCCAUCAUGGUGUCAGAGUCCCCACAAGUCCUGGUCCACUCCAGCGUCAUCACUGAUGGAGCCACGAUCGUUUAUCACUCUGCCCUCUUCUUCCUCCCAGGCUGCAUUGCUGUGACCAGUGCAGAGGAUGGCGGCGCAGAGACUACGCAGUACCUCAUUCUGCAAGGCCCCGACGACGGUGCCCCCAUGGUGUCCCAGAUGGCCACCUCUGCUCUGGCCAGUAGUUUGGCGAUAGAAGCUGUUGCUGAUGGACCAACCUCCACAUGCCUGGACCAGCCUGGUCCUUCAGACCCUUCCGAGCAGUCGGAAGUGCUGGAGCUGCCCACGCAGCCAGAUCAGGCCCGAGAGGCAGAUGGUGGGGAGGAGCUGGAGCAGCCAGACAUGGAGACCCUGGAAGAGAUGAUGGAGGUGGUGGUGGUGCAGCAGUUCAAGUGCAAGAUGUGUCAGUACAAGAGUGUCUCCAAGAAAACGCUUAUCAACCACAUGAGAGAGCGGCACUUCCACCCAGUGGGUUCAGCUCUGGCUUUGAAGAAAGGGCGUCCACGAAAGGGGGGAUCUGCCACAAAGACUGCGGAGGAGGAUGUCCCAGAAGAAGAAGAAGAGGAUGAUAUCAUGGACGCUGGUGCUAUUGAUGACCCUGAAGAGGACAGUGACUAUAACCCAGCUGAGGACGAACCCCGUGGGCGGCAGCCCAAGUACGGCCGCACUGUCCCCACAUCCAGCGAGGAGAGGCCACGUCGACGCCCAGGGAGACCCCGCAAGUUUCCUCGUCUGGAGGACACGCCCCAGGACGUGCCUGAAGAGCACACCGAAGCAGCCAGUUCCUCUGGCCUGGAGAACGGGAGCAGCGAGAGCUUGGCGGAGCCCAGCAUCAGCCAGUCCGACUCUGAGAACAAGGACCCGUCCUCCAACACCGGCCCCGAGGAGGCAGACAUCCUCCCCAGGAG